CACAGUCCAUGCUAAUAAGACACACACCUGUCCUGGCUGCUCUUACUCAGAUGUCCUGUCCUUGUUCAGGGCUUUUCUCUCACAGGUAUCCUAUAGGUCUCACACACACAUAGACACACUCCUGCUGCCAAGAUGCCAGACCAAAAGAUGGACAAGACUGAGAAGAAGAAGAAGAAAAGGACGGCUGAGUGUUUUGGAUAUCCAAUCAGCAUUUUCUUUAUUGUUGUCAAUGAGUUCUGUGAGAGAUUUUCCUACUAUGGCAUGCGAGCCGUGUUGGUGCUGUAUUUCCAAAAUUUUCUGCUUUGGGAUGAUGACCUUGCGACCUCCAUCUAUCAUGCCUUUGUGGCUCUGUGCUACUUGACCCCCAUCUUGGGUGCCAUCAUUGCUGAUUCCUGGCUCGGGAAGUUCAAAACAAUCAUAUACCUGUCUAUAGUGUACGCCAUUGGCCAGGUCAUCAUGGCUGUUAGUACUAUUAACGAUAUAACAGAUGAAAACAGAGACGGCGAACCGGAUAACCUCACCUUUCACAUCGCUCUGUCCAUGCUGGGUUUGAUCCUCAUUGCUCUGGGCACUGGGGGUAUUAAACCAUGUGUGGCUGCAUUUGGUGGCGAUCAGUUUCAGGAACAUCAGAGUCGCCAACUCAACACUUUCUUCUCAGUGUUUUAUUUGUGCAUUAAUGGGGGAAGUCUUCUUUCUACGCUCAUUACACCUAUUCUCAGAGCUCAGGAAUGUGGCAUCUACUCUAAGCAACAGUGUUAUCCUCUGGCUUUUGGAGUCCCGGCCGCUCUCAUGGUCGUAUCUCUGGUGGUGUUCAUCGCUGGCAGUGGCAUGUAUGUCAAAACAGAUCCAGAAGGAAACAUUAUGUGGGCUGUGUGUAAAUGUGUUGGGUUUGCCAUCAAAAACCGUUUCAGGCACAGAAGCAGCAAGCAUCCAAAGAGGGAACACUGGAUGGACUGGGCCGAUGAGAAAUAUGAUAAACUUCUUAUUGCUCAGAUAAAGAUGGUAUUGAAGGUGUUAUUCCUUUACAUCCCACUGCCCAUGUUUUGGACCCUGUUUGAUCAGAAGGGGUCCCGCUGGACUCUCCAAGCCACCACUAUGGACGGAGACUUUGGAGCACUCAUUCUGCAGCCAGACCAGAUGCAGACUGUGAACCCCAUCCUGAUCCUGACUAUGGUGCCUAUUAUGGACCGGUUAAUUUUCCCUCUCAUCAAAAAGUGUGGCUUCAAUUUCAGCCCUUUGAAGAGAAUGACAGUUGGCAUGCUGUUUGCUGCCACAGCGUUUGUUUCUGCAGCUUUGGUCCAGAUUGAGAUUGAUAAAACAUUGCCAAAUUUCCCAUCAUCCUCUGAGAGCCAGCUAAGGGUGGUGAACAUGUAUAGCAGAACAUUGAAUGUGACCAUCUCACCAUCUCAAGAACAACUAAUGAUAGACUCAUUUGGGAGCAGUGCAGAUUACAUGACGUUUGACCAUGAGGAAAUCACAGUGUCCCUGAACACUAACCCUGUGGUCACUCAAGCUUUCAGUUUAAUCAAGGGGGGGCGCCAGACGCUGAUCAUCCCCUCUGACCCAACCAUUAUGUAUCUGCAAGAAGACAGCAAUUCCAAACCAAAGAAAGGAAAGAAUGCCGUUAGGUUUGUGAAUGGCUGGACAGCAGAUCUGAACAUCACUGACUUGGAUUCCAUCGAACCAUCAGCUACUACAAACUACACAAUGGUAUCCCAGGGGAAGCGGACUUUCGUGCUCAGCAAUGGUGAGCAGUCGUGUGAGUUUUCCAGGAUGUUUGGAUUUGGUGCCUCAUACACCUUCCUCAUCAACAGCACAGUGUUCUCCACUGAUUGUGAGUCUAUAAUAGAAGUUGAGGACUUUGAGGCCAACUCGGUCCACAUGGCUCUGCAGAUUCCUCAGUACUUCCUCAUUACUACAGGAGAGGUCUUGUUCUCCGUCACUGGCCUGCAGUUCUCAUACUCACAGGCUCCAAAGAAUAUGAAGUCAGUGCUGCAGGCUGGCUGGUUGUGCACUAACGCCAUUGGAAACAUUAUUGUGUUGAUUGUGGCAGAGAUUGGAAAGCUACCAAAACAGUGGGCAGAGUAUGUGCUGUUUGCAUCACUGCUAGUGGCUGUGAGCAUCAUCUUCUCUUUCAUGGCUUAUUUCUACACAUACAUUGACCCAGCAGAGAUUGAAGACAGGAUCAGGAAAGAGCAAGGGCUUGAGCCAGAGAAGAAGGAGAAAAAUACACUAGAAAUGAGAGAAAAAGAUGAAGAAAAGGAAAAUGAGCAGGAGGUCAAGCAAACCAAGAUAUAAGAUUUGUGAAGAUUGUAUUGUGUUUAAUGCUAAUAAGCUAAUAUAUCCCCUUUAGUUUAGUAUUUAUUAAAAUAGGUAUGAAGGACUGUGAACAGAAAUGCUGAUGAUGUUAUUUGCAUCCAUAAGACCCCACUGAGGGAACAAUCAAAUGUGGCAUGAAAAAUGUAAUGUAUAAAAACCUUCUGUUAUAAUAUCUGGUUUGAUAUGGUUUAUGAUGUAGAUAAACUCUGGUAAAUGUUUUGUGUGUGAACCGUUGCAUCUUGUGUGAUUUUUUUUUUUAAAGCUUAGAAACAAUAGCCUAAAAACUAUGAAACAAUAGUCUUCAGCCUUCACAGUGUAGAUUGUCAUGAAUACAGGCUCCCUUCAUACAAGUGCCCCAAUAUAUUGAUACCUUUUCUUUUUGGGAAACUGUUAUGGACAUAUUUGUAUAAAUUGGUUUAGCACUACAGAGUUGAGCUGCAUUUUGUCCCUGCUAUGUAAUUUUAGGUAAAUAUCUUUUUGUUUUCUGUCUUAUAAAAUACUCCAUUAAUAUUUUGGCGUGAGAAAUUGUUAACAAGUGAAUUGUGAGGAGUAUGUGAGUAAACUGUCCAAAUAAAUCAAACUGAAUUGUGAGCAAACUCACACUGUUUUGAAAAUAUGUUUAUCAGAUUAGGUCAAAAAGAGUGAUUCAUUCACACAAUCUGGCAUUAUUCUGAUUCUAAAUGGUGGAUAGAAAACACACAAUUUAAUUGUUGAAAAAUGAUGAGCAAAAAUGUUUCUUAGAUUGGUGAACUACGGAGCCCAGGAAGUCACCUAUAGGAGAAAAAAAUCAAUCCGUGGGGACGGUUUUGCAGUUCAUCCCCUCAGUUUAUACACCGUACCUACAAAUUCUUAAACUGUUUCCUUGGUUUAACAAAUCCUCCCCAUGGAUUAAUAAACAGCACCAAUGAAUUUUUCAAUCCGUGCACUUUGAUUUUGUAAACUGUACUUUCGGUUUUUGAAUCCAUAGCCAUAAACUCAUAGUCCAUGUGCACCCUUUUGCAAUCCAUUUCUAUGAGUUUGUAAACUGUACUCAUGGAUUCAUUUUAGAAGAACAGCAAGAUCCUAGGUAGCCUAUGUGUUAUUGAAUCAUUAUAUAUUGUUUUAUUACAUAUUAUGUGGAAUAGGCCUAUAUUAAAUUGUUUAUGUUAUUCUCUAUCAAUUGUAGUGGGUGCAAGUUGGAAUACAACAAUUUAAUAAGAAAGAUGAGGGUCAAAAUCUUGUGUUUAUUUGUGAUAAUCGUUAUUAUUAUUGUAUAAUAAA